GGAAUUUAUUUUAUCUUCCGAAUAUCAUAUCAUUAUGAUUCAUUUACAUUUUGGAUUGCUACCAAAUAUUUGAUUACCUGUGGAAUUAGCUUGUUUCUUUGGAAACAACUCGUUUCAUAUGGAACACCCAGAUUUAGACCAAAUGGAAGUGUAGAUUGGCCAGGAGAAGAUUUAAAUGCUGAAGGAUUGACUGCGUAUAUGUUUGAUGUAAUUUAUGUAACAUGGUUUGUACAUAUUACAAGCAUGUUUUUUGAAUGGGCUUGGUGGUUUUACACAGUGAUUCCAUUAUUUGGAGCUUAUAAGAUUUGGACAUUAUUUAUACAACCAAGUUAA